GAGAACUGCUCUCGUGCUGGGAGCUGCCUGUUCACUCUCAGCUGCGCUACGGUGCACGCGCUGCUCCGCUCUGCCGCGCGCGCGCGCAACAAUUAGACGCGUAAACUCAGUUGAGCUUCAGCCGCGUGUUGGAUUACUAUGAGUCUGCUGUGAAUCCGGGACUUUUCCUCACUGCCUGCGCUUUGGAGGGGGACGAUGAGCGCGAGGGUCCACGGCACACGCGGUCUUCAGGUGGUAUGGUGAGCAUUGGAGGGUGAUGAGUUGAGAGUGAGGGUCUUCCUGACCCCACUCUCCCCACCCACACACACAGACUGAGGCAUGUCUCUGUGUCUGCUCCUGAUCCUCUUAACACUGGCCUCACACACUCAGGUGUCCUUGGCCCUGAAGGUGUUGAUGGAGCAAUGGGCGAGCUACAGGAACGAGUGUAUUCAGAGCUUCAGGAACACUUCACCUGCAGCAGGUUUGGUGUGUAACCGGACAUUUGAUAAUUACGCCUGCUGGUCUGAUGGAUCUCCCGGCUCUGUUGUUAAUGUUUCCUGUCCGUGGUACCUGCCGUGGCAUCGGAAAGUUCAGCAGGGCCUGGUGUAUCGAGUGUGUGGUACAGAUGGUCGAUGGAGUGACAGUAAAAACACCAGCGAGUGUGAAGAGAACAACCCAGCAAUGAGAGAGUAUGGGCAGAUUCUCAGUAAAUUCAGGGCGAUGUAUACAGUGGGGUAUUCUCUAUCUCUGGCAGCUUUAAUCCUCGCACUGGGCAUUCUGGCCGCCUUCAGGAAGUUACAUUGCAUGAGGAACAACAUUCAUAUGAACCUGUUUGCCUCUUUCAUCCUGCGUGCUGUGUCCAUCCUGGUGAAAGACGCACUACUGGACAUGAUCAAUACUGCCCAGAUAGGACAUUUCCACUAUCAGAGUCAGAGCUGGGUCAAUGUAAAGAUGGUUGCUGGGUGUCGUGCUGCCAUGGUGAUGAUGCAGUACAGUGUUAUUGCCAAUAACUACUGGCUGCUGGUGGAGGGUUUAUACCUGCACAGCCUUCUGUCCAUAACUGUGUUCUCAGAGAGGAACUACUUCUACAUAUACCUCUGCAUUGGCUGGGGUGCUCCAGUGAUAUUCGUGUUGCCAUGGGUGACAGUCAAAUACCUGUAUGAGAAUGAGCAGUGCUGGGAGAGGAACAUAAACAUGGGCUACUGGUGGAUAAUCCGCUCACCCAUUCUGUUUGCUUAUCUGAUUAAUUUCUUUAUAUUUAUUAGAAUCAUAAAGAUCCUGAUGUCCAAACUUAAGGCUCAUCAGAUGAGGUACACCGACUAUAAGUUCAGAUUGGCUAAAUCUACCCUGACCCUCAUUCCACUGUUGGGGAUUCACGCCAUCCUCUUCACCUUCGUCAUUGAUGAGUCCGUCUCCAAAGAGUCUCUGCUGCGGCUCAUUCGGCUCUUCUACGACUUGCUCUUCAGCUCCUUCCAGGGUCUGCUGGUGGCCAUUUUGUACUGCUUUGUCAACAAAGAGGUCCAGCAUGAGAUGUUGAAGCGGUGGAGGAGGUGGAAGCUAGGGAAGGAUAUCGAGGAGGAGUACCGACACACCCACAGCCAAACUCCUCAUCCCAAGAGUGGCAGCACAGUUAUGCCUUUGCCCCCAGACCGCUCGGAUACACCGGAGCCCCAGGAAUCAGCCCCACCUUCUGAGGAGAGCAGGCGGCUUGUGAUCAGCUACCACCGCAAUGGCACAGGUGUGAACCGAGGGAGAGGGAGGGCGGGCCUAUGCUUGGCCUCCGAACGACAUGAGGGCACCAGCAACUGCAGCUCUUUAACGGAGGACAUUUGUUUGGAGGAGCGCCUGAACUGCACUCCAACUGGGGUGGAUGAGUGCGAUAUCUGAGGGAACCAGGACCUUGAUCACUUCCUGCGAUGGACUAGUGCAAUCCUGAGAUGAUGCAUUCCAAAUAUGAGACGGAACCAUGGAGGAACAUAGACAGUCCCAUCUAAGAGUUGAUUUUAGGACUAUCAAAUCUGGAGGUCUUUCAGGAAACUGUAAAAUGGCAUAAUGGAAGAACAGUGGACCUAAAACUGAGAUUGCCCUCCUGCUUCGUCAUGGCGAGAAUGAUGGAUAUACCAUUAAGACACUUCCAUCUGUGCUAUUUCAAAUGGCUUUAAAGGACCAAAACCUGAUAUAUGUUGCGUUUACAACUCAUAGAGCUACCAGUUUCCUGGUGGUUGUUGAGUUUGUCCCUUGCUGGAUACCACACUACUGUAAAAGAGGCUGCACCACAAAAAACAUGGGUUUCAAU